UGGGGGUUAUGCACCGUGUGAUAAUUUAAUGCAUAAGUGAGCAAGCGCAUCGGAAAUUUUAUUAGGAGAGGGUAGUGAAGACUUUCCUCAUUUUUUUUUUAACGUGCAUUAGUUUACACGUGGUACAGCGAUGAUCCGCAAUGAUCGAGUAAAACGUGUUGGGUGAUAUUGGUCCCAGCCUUUUAGUUUAAAGAUAUAAUAAAAAAAAACAGUUUAUGUGACAAAACAAGUCUUGAAAAUAAAAACGCUGUGUAUUUAUACCGGCAAGCAGUAUUUUGUAUUUUAUUUACAUUGCCAUAACGUGAGUAGCGGUAGUAUCAUAAAUACCGUUAAAUACUGUAGCUUGGUUUUUUUUUUUUUUUUUAAUUAUUUUGUGACUGCAAUUGAAAAUAAUUUAUAAAUAUAUUUGAUAAUAUGUCUGCAGUGCAGCCUCAUUUGUCCAACGGAUUCAUAAAUGGAUUCUCAAAAGAUGAUAAAACAUCAGAAACAGAUGGGAGAUAUAUUUCUCCAUCAGAGACAGGUCAUGAUGGACCAGAUCAAAUACUUGCUUCAGAUGUAGAUACAACGUGGGAACCGAAUGGUCGAGUUAGAAUACAAUAUGACAAAGAUGAUUUAAAAUCGCGAGAAUUUAUAUCAGUGCCAGGUUUGCUUAUGAAAACAGCAAAAAAAUAUCCAGAUCAUCUAGCAAUGGUAUCGAGAGUUGGUGUUGAUGGUAAAAGACGUACUUAUACUUACAGAGAAUACGAAGCGGAAGUGAGAAUUGUUGCUAAAGCAUUUAUUAAGUUAGGCCUUCAACGAUAUCACAGUGUUUGUAUACUUGGGUUCAAUAGUCCACAAUGGUUUAUUGCUGAUAUUGCAGCUAUUUAUGCUGGAGGUUUUGCUGCGGGAAUUUAUACCACCAAUUCUCCAGAUGCUUGCCAAUUUUGUGCAGAAAAUAGUAGAGCUAAUAUAAUAGUAGUAGAGGAUAAUAAACAAUUGGAAAAAAUAUUGGAAAUUAAGAAAGAUUUGCCGCAUCUGAAAGCUAUCAUUCAGUAUGAAGGAAUAGCAAAAGAAAAAGAUGUAUUAAGUUGGUAUGAUUUAUUAGAAAUUGGUCGAGUUGAAUCAGAUGAUAAAUUAGAUUCUGUUCUCCGAACAAUUGGUGCUAAUGAAUGCUGUACUUUGGUUUACACGUCUGGUACAGUAGGCCGCCCUAAAGCAGUAAUGUUGAGUCACGACAAUUUAACACAUGAUGCACGCGUAAUCACGGAACGUGUUAAUUUUAAAGACAAAACUGAAAUAAUUGUUAGUUUUUUACCACUAUCGCAUGUCGCAGCCCAGGUGGUUGAAAUAUUUACUAGUUUGUCUGUAGCUGCAACAGUAUAUUUUGCGGAUAAAAAUGCUCUCAAAGGUAGUCUCGUAGAGACCUUAACAUAUGCAAGACCUACAGCUUUUCUGGGUGUACCACGUGUUUGGGAAAAAAUUCAUGAAAAAAUGAUGCUAGUCGCACGUAAUAAUGGUCCAAUAAAAACAUGGAUUGCAACUUGGGCAAAAGCACAAGGAUUAUACUACAAUAUGAAUAAAAUGAAUGGAGUUGAUUAUAAAACAUGGGGCUACAUUUUUGCUAAAUGGCUUGUAUUUAAUAAAAUAAAAGCAACACUUGGAUUAGAUAGAUGUAAAAUAUUUGUUACUGCAGCUGCUCCACUAAGUGAUGAUAUUAAAAAAUAUUUUAUGAGCUUAGACAUACCAAUUAUGGAAGCCUAUGGUAUGUCGGAAUGUGCUGGUGCUCAUACUCUAAGUACAGAAAAUAAAUAUAGAUUAGGAAGUGUCGGAGCGGUUUUAAGAGGUCUUAAAACAAAAUUAGAUCAUCCAGAUGACAGUGGUGAAGGUGAAAUAUGUAUGGGUGGUCGUCAUGUUUUUAUGGGCUACUUAAAUGCACCAGAUAAAACUAAAGAAGCUAAAGAUGAUAAUGCUUGGUUACAUAGUGGAGACCUUGGAAGAAUAGACGGAAAAGGAUUUUUGUAUGUGACAGGACGAAUAAAAGAACUUGUAAUUACUGCUGGCGGUGAAAACAUCCCACCUGUUCAAAUAGAACAAAUAUUGUUGAAAGAAUUACCAGCACUUAGUAAUGCUAUGCUUAUUGGUGAUAUGAAAAAAUAUCUGACAAUUUUAGUUACAUUGAAAACCGAAAUGGACCCUGAUACUGGUGGACCAUUGGAUGCUCUUUCCCCUACUGUGAUAUCAUGGGCAAAGUCGAUUGGAAGUAAAGCAAAAACGUUAUCUGAAGUUUUAAGUACACGGGAUCCACUUAUUUACAAUGAAAUUGAAGAGGCAAUUAAAAGGACAAAUGAACAAGCCACAAGUAAUGCUCAAAAAGUACAAAAAUUUACUAUCCUGCCUCACGAUUUUUCUAUUCCGACAGGAGAAUUAGGUCCUACACUUAAAUUGAGGCGAAAUAUAGUAUCGAAAAAAUAUGCCGAUGUCAUUGAAGAAAUGUACAAGUAACAAAAUUUUUGUUAGAUCACGUUAGAUCGACAACAAUUUAUUAGCUAGGUAUUUUUUUUUUUAAUUUUGUGAUGUCUAUAGUUAGAUUAUGUUAGUUGACAUUUUAAAAUAAUGAUUUCAAUGAUAUUGAUAAUUAAAAAAUAAAAACAUAUUUUAAAAAAUUACACAUUCAGUUUAUCACAUACAUGUAUAAUAUAAUUUAAAGAAAUGAACAAAUUAGUAUACCUUCUUAUAAAUAAAAAAGUAUAAUUUUUUUUUUUCUCAAAUAUUUAAAAGUAUAGAAAUUUUCUUUGGGUUGUGGCAAAAGAGUUUAUUAUUCUAUGAACCAAAUUUUAUAUAAAACGAUGCAAUUGAUGUUAUGUACUUGUGUUAUUUAAAAUUAUAAUUUAGUUAAACUUAAACAUUAAUACUUUUAAGGUAAAAGGCAUUAAAGUUUCUUACUUUCUGUAAUAUACAUAGUUAAAAAUUUAUCAUGUAUAUAAUUAUGUGUGAAAAUGCUCCUGUACAAUCUCAAUAAUGUAUGAAAGUAAAAAAAAAAAAAAAAAAAAAGAAAAAAAAAAGAAAACGUAUCGGUUGUAUGAUUUUUGAUGUUACGAGGACAUUUUUAUGUAAAUUUAAAAAAAUCUUUUAAAUUAAUGAGUACUUAAAAUAAUUGUAAGAAAGUGCCUUCUGAUACCUGGACAUUUAAAAAAAAAAAAAAUUAACAUUUUUCUUCUUGUACUUUAAUAAUUAUUUGGUUUGUUAAUAAAUACAUUAUAGAAUAGAUAAUAUUUUAAAACCAGGUGUAAAAUAAAAAAAAAUAAAGGAUAAUAUCAAUGAGAAUUGAUUAAAAUUAUUUUAAUGUCACUGUGAGGAAUUAAAAAAUUUUUAAUUAAAAAACAUUGAAUUGAUUCAAACUAUGAAACAAAUUUAAUCAUAUCGUAUAUAAAAAAAUUUAAAUAACAUUUAUUGGGAGUUUUUUUUUAAAUCUUUGAAUGAAUAAUAAUACAUAUUUUGAAUUCGUCCGUAUUUGAGCGUUACUAGUGAACAAUUUAAAUAUUUAUUGGUUGUAACUGGUAUUCGAGUGUGACAAUAACACGGCUUGAUUUUGAAUUUUAGUAUUGUUUUUGAGUGAACGCUAUGACUUUUAUAUUUACUGUCAUCAGGAGGUUUAAAUAAAUGUAUAUAAUGUAAUAUUUAUAAUAAAAUUAUUGAUUGAAAAUUU